AUGUCCGCUGUGAAAUCCGAUAAAAGUGGUCUGAUGGGCAAUGAUUCUGGUGUAAAUAAAAUGUAUGGUUCACCGUAUUUGGGUCCAAAUUUAUGGGAAAAAGAUCAAUUGUAUUCAGCAGAUAAACUCUUUUCUGACACACCUAAACAAUCAUCUGUCUCAUCUCAAAAUUCACAAAAUAAUCAACAACAAAGCCAAAAUUCAAAUUCAAACAUAAAUUUCAAAGUUGAAUCAUUAGAUAUUGAUGAAUUUUUACAUGAGAACAAUUUAAAUAUUAAUGAUAUUGAACCAUUUAAUAAUUUUGAGAAUUUAAAUGACACAACAACGACAUCAGCAAAUCAAGGAGGAUGUUUAAUGAAUCAACAACAAUUUUCUCAACAACAGCAACAACAACAAUCCUCAUCAUCUUCAUCAAAUAAUAUUCAUCGUCAAACGAUAACACCUGAUGGUUCAUCAUGUUCUCCUAUAACACAAAUAAAUUCACCUAUGCAAGCUGCACCAGCCAGAUCGCCAAUGCAAAAUAGUAUCGACUCAUCAUUAGCUUCAAGCCAUGAGUCAUACGAUCAAAAAUCACGAAAAUAUUCCGAAGAAGAUUUACUUAAUAAAUCGACGCAAUCUGGUGGUAAAAAGUCCAGAAAGGUAACACAAGAUGCAAAAUUUGUACCAGACGAAUUAAAAGAUGAAAAAUAUUGGGCACGUCGACGAAAAAAUAAUUUAGCUGCAAAACGUUCACGUGAUGCUCGACGUAUGAAAGAAAAUCAAAUUGCAUUACGUGCUUCCUAUUUGGAACGUGAAGCCGAUGCAUUACGAAAACAAUUAGAAGAAUUUAAACGUGAAAAUAAAACAUUACGAAUGAAAUUAGCUCAAUAUGAAGGAACGACAAAUGGUCCAAAAUAA